UCCACGCGUUGGUCGUGCAUUGCCUCCAGAAUCUCCUGCCUCACCUAUCAUGGAGGACACAGGACAGCUGCUCCUAUGCGUCAUAUUACGUAUCGCUGUGACGUUGCUACCGGCGAGAUGUUACUUAAGCAACUUUUAUAACUCACCGCUCAGAAGUCAUAGGAUCUCGAGAAAACUCACCGUGAGAAUUAAGAAAACAAAUGGCUCUCAGAGGUGCUGUCACCCGUCUGCUUUACAACAGCCAGAAAUGUGCUGCUGUUGCUGCUUCCAGAGCCCAGGGCACAGCUGCAACAGCAAUCAAAGAUGUUGAAGAAAUCAAAAAGCCGGCGAAAGCACCCAAGGUGGCGUUUGACUGGCGGGACGCUCUGAAUAUUGAGAGUCAGCUUACAGAGGAGGAGAUCAUGAUCCGAGACACCUUCCGUGAUUACUGCCAGGAAAAGCUCAUGCCCCGCAUCGUCAUGGCCAACAGACAUGAACAUUUCCACCGUGAAAUUGUCUCAGAGAUGGGAGAGUUGGGCGUCUUAGGCCCAACUAUUAAAGGGUACGGCUGUGCAGGAACGAGUUAUGUGGCGUAUGGCUUGAUAGCCAGAGAGGUGGAGAGAGUGGACAGCGCGUAUCGAUCGGUCAUGAGUGUCCAGUCUUCCCUGGUCAUGCACCCGAUCUAUGCUUACGGCACGGACGCCCAGAAGGAGAAGUACCUGCCCCGACUUGCUCGUGGAGAAAUCCUUGGAUGCUUUGGCUUGACAGAGCCCAACCACGGCAGUGAUCCCAGCAGCAUGGAGACCAAGGCCAAAUACAACCCCUCCAGUGGUACCUUCAGCGUCAGCGGAGCCAAGACCUGGAUUACAAACUCCCCCGAGGCAGACAUCGCAGUUGUGUGGGCCAAGUGUGAAGAUGACAAGAUUCGGGGUUUCAUUCUGGAGCGUGGAAUGAAGGGUUUUGCCACCCCCAAGAUUGAAGGAAAGUUCUCGCUGAGGGCGUCUGCAACCGGCAUGAUCCUGAUGGAUGAGGUGGAGGUUCCCCAGGAGAACCUGCUGCCAAAUGUCUCCGGUCUGGCUGGUCCCUUUGGCUGUCUGAACAACGCUCGGUACGGCAUUGCAUGGGGAGCUCUGGGAGCUGCUGAAUUCUGCUUCCACGCUGCCCGACAGUACACUCUGGACAGAAUCCAGUUCGGGGUGCCACUGGCCAGGAACCAGCUGAUGCAGAAGAAAAUGGCUGACAUGCUGACAGAGAUCACCAUUGGGCUGCAGUCAUGUCUGACCCUGGGAAGACUUAUUGAUGACAAGAAAGCGGCACCAGAUAUGAUCUCCAUGCUGAAGAGGAAUAGCUGUGGCAAGGCUUUGGAUAUUGCCAGACAAGCCAGAGACAUGCUUGGAGGAAACGGCAUCUCAGAUGAGUACCACAUAAUCCGUCACGUCAUGAACCUGGAAGCAGUCAACACAUACGAGGGAACUCAUGACAUUCAUGCUUUGAUCCUGGGCAGAGCCAUCACUGGACUGCAGUCAUUUUCUGUUGAAAAGUAAAAUGUUGAAAUGGAAUGAUCUGGAUUUAUACUGUGCUUCCUGUUUCUCAUUUGGCAAACCCAUAUGAGUAAAACAUGAAGUGCACUUAAUCAGGCUUACAUUUUAGCUACAUCCUAAAUACCUCAUUACAUUUGUUGUUUAAAAAUAGUGAUAGGAUCUGUCCAUCACUGCCUCUGUUUGGUUAAUCUUUGGUGAAUAUGUUAGGUCAAACUAACUAAGCAUUUGGUCCAAACUGUGAGGAUAAGUGUACAGUUAAUAUGUCUGAAAUAUAUUUUAGGCAGUGAUUAAUCCUUGUGCAUGUCAAGUUGCAGCAAUAUGAGUUUUUGUGGCAAUUAAAUAUGUAAAUAAAUCAGUAAGGUGUGACUGUAGCUGUGAUUCAGAAUGUAAAAAUAUCUUAAUACAGACCUCUGCUCAAUUGAUAAUUGUGUUCGGCCGUCAUUUUACAUUAUCAUGUUAGUAAUUGUAUGACUAAAGAUCACACUAUCUUAGCUGACUUAUUUAAGAUAUGGUGCAAACUGUCAACAUCUAAGAACAAAAUAUUGUGGUUUAUUCCGAUUGUAUACUUUUUUAAUUGACUCAAAAUU